GAGGAGGGCGCUGCUGGAUCCCGUCCAUUCAGCUCCACAUCCGCUGGACUGAUCACAUUGAUUGAUCAUCUGGUGCGUCCCAGGAGGAACCCCCCUGCUGCGGAGCUUGGGAGGAGGAAAGGAAAGGGGGGUGAAAAGGAAAAAGGACCGCUGUGUGGUGGUCGCUGGAUGACACGCAGAAGAAAGUGUGUGGGCGGAUGAGGAAGUUCAGAGCACGGAUUGAUGGUCACACACCUACAGUGCACUUUAUCGCAGCAGCAAGCAGCAAGCAGCAGCUCAGCAGCAGCAUACCACCAAAUUUCCUGUGAUUCGGAGGGUGAUGCAUGCAUGGGAAUAAUGACAAUCAAGUUCAUCCUCUUCAUACUUCUCGUUCAGGCUGCUAGUUCUGAUCUACUGGAUUAUGGCGCCGACGAUGAAGAUCCCAACGACACCACUGUCACUCAGAUGCUGGUCCCCAGGUCGCACCAGGAGGAUGCCACACUCAUACUCAACAAUUUGCUCAAGGAAUACGACAAGACGCUGCGGCCGGAUAUUGGAGUGAAACCUACAGUCAUCGAUGUGGGCAUAUAUGUCAACAGCAUUGGGCCUGUGUCGUCCAUCGAUAUGGAGUACCAGAUCGAUAUUAUCUUCGCCCAGACCUGGGUGGACACCCGUCUGCGGUACAACAGCAGCGGCAACAUGCGGCUAACCCUCAACAGCAACAUGGUUGGCUUGAUCUGGCUGCCCGACACCAUCUUCAGGAAUUCCAAGAACGCCGACUCCCACUGGAUAACGACGCCCAAUCAGCUGCUCCGGAUCUGGAACAAUGGGAAAGUGCUCUACACGCUGAGGAUGACCAUCAACGCAGAAUGCCAGCUGCAACUCCAUAAUUUCCCAAUGGACGAGCACUCCUGUCCGCUCGUCUUCUCCAGCUACGGCUACCCGCGAGACGAGAUCAUAUACAAGUGGAGCCGCAACUCGGUGGAGACUUCGGACCAGAAAUACUGGAGGCUUUACCAGUUUGACUUCAUGGGGCUCAGAAAUGACACAGACGUGCUCAAAACGACAGCAGGUGACUAUGUGGUGAUGAGCGUGCACUUUGACCUCAGCAGAAGGAUGGGCUACUUCACCAUCCAGACCUACAUCCCCUGUAUCCUCACUGUGGUCCUCUCCUGGGUCUCCUUCUGGAUCAAGAGCGACGCCACGCCCGCAAGGACGGCACUGGGUAUCACCACGGUGCUGACCAUGACCACCCUGAGCACAGUGGCCAGGAACUCGCUGCCUAGAGUGUCCUACGUGACCGCCAUGGACCUGUUUGUCACCGUCUGCUUCCUGUUCGUCUUCGCUGCCAUGAUCGAGUACGCCAUGCUCAACUACUGCUCCUACACUCCUAUACGCAGACCCCCCGUCAAGACGCAGAGAAUGGCCUACUCAUCUUUCAACAUGACUCACACUCCUCGGUCCAUGAUGCCCAUGGGCAACUCCCUCUUCUGGCAGGACUACGACGACAACUGCCUGUACGAGUGCCUGGACGGGAAAGACUGCAAGAGCUUCUUCUGCUGCUACGAGGAGUGUAAAGAAGGCGGCUGGAGGAGAGGACGCAUUCACGUCAACAUCCGCGAGCUGGACGCCUACUCUCGGGUCUUCUUCCCCACCUCCUUCUUGCUCUUCAACAUAGUCUACUGGGUCAGCUACCUCUACCUCUAGUCGGUCCCGCGGGCCCUUGCUGAAAAACAGUCCCCCCGCCACUUUGCACCGCGGCUCGUGAUUUAAGGUCAAAACUAAGCGUGGAGGAGGAAAUAAGGUGGAUACGCUCUGUUGGAAUUGUGAAAGACGUGGUGCCUCUGGAGGAGAUGCACGUGCGCCGUAGUGCACAGUGUAAAGGCCGUGACACUUUGAGGCAGUGGCACUCCUAAGGAGAAUAAAACGCAGUACAACAACAAGCCGCCAGCAUCAACUUGAAUGGAUCGGUCCCGCUUAUGACUCAGAAACCAAACAACGGAGACGUUCGGGGACAGGGGGUUGCAUUGCUGACAUCUUGGUCAUCGAGAUGGCGAAGCACCCAUAGUGCCUUCUUUAGAAAGGGUGCGGCACCGAGAGACUUCAGAGUUCCCUCCAUUAUCUUUAUUACCUCAUCCACCACACCGCCGCAUGCCGAGCUGUCUAUUCUUUAACGGAAAACCCGGAACAACACCACUGGAGAUGUUUCAAAACUCAUUCAUUUUGUAGCACACUAGUUUUAGUUGUACCCUACUUCUACGUUCUAAUAAUAGCAACCUUUUCUUAUUAUUAUUAUUAGAAUUAGUUGUAUUUUCACAGCGAGUCAACCAGCUCACCCAUCAGCUGUUAAUUGUUGAAUACGAGUUAGUGUCGGGGGAUAGGGGGGGCAGUGGUUGUCUGGUAAAAUCUCGUUUCUUAAGUCAGUGAGCUUUUUGUUCAUGAUGCUUUACGACCAAGCGAUGCAGUUUACAGUAAAUGCCAAGAAGAUUUGGGUGUUUUAUAAUAAAUGCUGGGUUACAUUCUUACACACACACACAACAUGUUGAAGAAUUGCAUACGGAUCUAAUGCUAAACAUGCUAAUCUCAUCCACGGGCAUAUUAUGUAUGUUACAGUACAUGAAUAGACAGAUUAGGGUUAGAGCAGUGCCGGUUUCUUCCUGACAGCAGCUAUAUCAAAACAGUCUCACGUUUUAUUUCACACGCUUUCUAUCCUUGUUUAUACUGAUUUUUGUUUUAUUAUAAACAGGGCCUGUGGAUCGCCUUCGUUUAAAGGAAAAGUUCAGCAUUUUGCGAAAUAUACCAAAUUCUCAAAUAGU